AUGAGAGCACCCCCACAGCCGAGAAAGUCGAGACAUCGGCUUAUGCUUCAGGUGUUACGGAAGUUCCACGAUACCGUGGGGCUUCAAAAAGUACGGAGCAGGUGGCACUUACACAAGGUUCAUAAAGUUAGUCGAGCUAAUGGUCGUGCUUCUACAUGCAAUAAGAAGGCCGAUGGUAACAAGAAGAAGCAUGGAGAUAUCCCCUUGAGUCCAAUCAGGUUGGAGGACAUCGCAAACCAGCCAAGCGGCAUCGAAACUCCGAAGAAGAGAAGGAUGCCAUUACUUAUAGCAUCUUUCCCUCGCGGUUGUGCAAAAUCGCCGAUGUUCAACGUGUUAGAAAAGAACAAGAGAUCCAAGCUCCUCCUCAGUCGCAGAAAAUAUAAGCUAAAGACCUUCAAUGGCGGCAAUGACGUAGGUAUGGCCAACGGGAAGACACCAAGGGUCCAUGCAGUAAAGCGCGAGGUGAUACAACAUGCACACAUGAAGGUUAACUAUCACCGGAAGGGUGUCGUAAAUUCCACCUGCGUCUUAGUAGACUCGCAAUCAAAACGACGUCCGGAAUACUUGACCUUUGGCCAGGCAUAUAGCUUGCGUCUAAACGAUUACCCAUCCCUAUCUAUUCGUCAUCCUGUUAACGUAUGA